CAGAACUCAGACUUGAUUUGUAAAUAUAUAAUUAAUUGCGUAAAUUCCUUCUUUAUGUUAUUUGAUGCAGUUUAAUAUUUGAAUUAUUUUUUAUCAACAUUGAAAAUGAGUACCGCGGGGACUUCAUCGGCAGAAACUCAGAUGACAUUUGCUGAAAAGCAAGCCGAGAGAAUGAAACGAUUACGUUCCUUGCACUCAGCUAGAAAUGAAGCUAGGACGCAUAAUCAUCAAGAAGUUGUUGCCGAGGAAGCUAGGAAUAAACUUCCAGCGAAUUAUGACGCUAAGAAAAGGCAGGCAGAGUGGUUGCUAGACGAUCAAAAUAAACGGGAAGAAGCCACAAAACAGGGUAAGGAUUACGACCGAGUGAAACUGUUAAGCAUAUCUGCAGUUGAAGCAGAAAGGCUCGAACGAAAAAAAAAGAAAAAGAACCCUGACCAGGGCUUUUCUACUUACGAACAGGCCACCGUACGACAAUACAAUAGGCUUGUUAAGAAUAUGCCCACAAUGGAUCCAGAACAAUACGAAAAACAGAAAGAAAAAUAUGGAGAUGCAUUUUACGGUGGUCAGAACGUGAUUAUACAUGGUAUGCAUGAAGACCGUAAAGAAGCAAUAGACAAAAUGGUUAAUGAUAUAGAGGGACAGAUAUCAAAACGGGCGAAAUACUCUAGGAGACGUACACAUAAUGAUGAUGCUGAUAUUGAUUACAUUAAUGAGAGGAAUGCCAAAUUUAACAAGAAGUUGGAGAGAUUUUAUGGUGAACACACUGCUGAAAUCAAACAGAAUCUUGAAAGGGGUACAGCUAUAUAAUUUGUUAUCAAGGAAAAACUUUCAUUGGCUUGAGAUAUCUGAAUUUAAAACAAAGAAAAUAUAUUUAAAUACCACAAAAUUGUUUUAGUGUAUUUGUGACUUACCAAUUGAAUAAACUGUUUUUUAAAUA